AUGUAAGGAUUAAUCGACAUAGAGCCAAAACAAUAUUUAGAUUUUAUUCUAUAAGAAGGGAAAGUAGGGUAAACAACACUAAAUAUUUUCAAUUUGACUUCAAAUAAAUUAGCCUUCAAAGUAAGAAUAAGAUUAUCACAAGAUAAAAACAACAAGUCCAAAUUUGUUUUAAGUUAAACCUACUGUAGGUAUUAUUGAAGGAAAUGAUAAAGUGUGCAUAGAUAUCAGCACAUCUAUAUUACUAAAAGAGGAUAGUAAAUUGGAAUCAAAAUUUCAAAUAAACGCGUGUAUAUUAGAAUAAGACAUAUAGGGUAAAUAUAUAUAUAUAUACGAAAGAUCUGGGUAUAUUUUGGAGAUAAUAAGAUGCAUAAUUAAUUUAAUAAGUAUAAGUAAGAAGUAGGAUUAAACCUGCUGAAAUACAUCAGGAGAAUAUACCAUAAUAAUAACAAUAAUAGAAUGAAGUAUAAGAAAUUCAUGAAAAUGUGGGUUAAAUGUAUUAAUCGAUAAUUGAUACAUCAAGUAAAGAGAAAGAUGAGGAGAUAUAGAAAUAUUAAGAACAAGUUGUUUAAUUGGUAUGUAUAAUUUUUGAGAUAAUUUUAGUCUUAAGAUGUUUCUAAUUAUUAAUUAAUGUUAAAGAGUGUGAAAGAAUAGGAAGUGGCUAUAAAACAUCAUGGUAUUUAUAAUGAAGAAUAAUAUAUAAGGAAACAAAUUUGAGUUGAAAUAAGUGAUGAUAACAGCAUUAAUAUCGUUGAUUUUGGGUUUUAUAUUUGGGAAAUGAUUAAUAAAAAUUAUAAAUU